AUGUUCAAGAACACAUUCCAGUCUGGUUUUCUAUCUAUUUUAUACAGCCUUGGGAGCAAACCCUUGCAGAUAUGGGAUAAAGAAGUUGUUAAUGGUCAGGUGAAACGUACACAAGAUGAAGACAUACAAUCAAAUAUUCUUGAAAUUGUGGGAACAAAUGUCCAGUCAACAUAUAUUACAUGUCCUGCUGAUCCAUCUGCUACACUUGGCAUAAAGCUGCCAUUUUUGGUUAUGAUUGUGAAAAAUGUGAAGAAAUAUUUCACAUUUGAGAUUCAGGUGUUGGAUGAUAAAAAUGUUAGGCGACGUUUUCGGGCUUCUAAUUUUCAAGGAAUGACUCGAGUGAAGCCGUUCAUAUGUACAAUGCCUUUACGAAUGGAUGAAGGAUGGAAUCAAAUUCAAUUGAAUUUAGCGGAUCUUACGCGUCGUGCAUACGGAACAAAUUAUGUUGAGACGCUUCGUGUUCAAGUUCAUGCCAACUGUCGCCUCAGAAGAAUUUAUUUUUCCGACCGCCUUUAUUCCGAGGAAGAACUCCCACCCGAAUUCAAACUUUACCUUCCCAUGCAGAAACAAUGAUUCCGCAUAACAGAAAGUCUCACUUUGCUGCUCAUUUCAACCUUUUGAAACUUCAGUUAAUUAUGAAAUGUUAAAAGUUAAAACUGCUACUGAUUUUAAUUUUUAACGUGUUUAGGGUGUAUGCAAGUUUAAUUGAUAUUGUUUUUUACUUUUUACUUUUUAUUGAUCGACUUUGAAGGAUUAAAAUUGGUUUUGUUAUUGUUGUGUUAUAAUACAGUAAUACUUGUAUUCUAUUCGAUGCAACUGUUAAAGUGAUGUAAUGGCGCACAUUAUCUAUUUGAAACUGACAGAUG